UCGAGAGCUCUGACAAACCCACUUCAGUUCUGUGUAAAAUCAGAACUCCUGAAAUGCCCAGGCUGCUCGGCUCUCCCCUCCCCUCCGCCUCGCAGUCUUUCUCACAUGCACACUUCUCAGAGGCAGGAAAUACUUUCCAGGCAAUCUGGGCCUGGUUGUGGAGGCCCCCUUCGCAAAACAUCAGUCUGAAUUUAGUAGACAGAAGUCCCUGGGACCGCCUUGACAGGAUCCGGCUUUAGCCGAGGCUGCCUCCAGCUGCGGAGGGUGUUUUUGUUAGAAUCACACACUGCAUAAAACUGCUUAGAAUAGAGCCAUGAUCUCAACCGCGAAACGUGAACUUAUGUUUUGGAGAAGCUCACAGGGACGGACUUCUUUCCUAGCCUGAGUUCUGAACCGUGUUGUGCCUGGCGCUGCAGCUCCUCCUAGGAGUCUAGGUGGUGAAAUGACAAAACUCACUCUCUUCUAUUCAUGAGUUGGAAAUAAUCUUUCAUCAAGUUCCAUCUGCAUUAACCUCAUAUGGAGCGUAUCUCUCUGUCGGUUGUUAAACUAUGAGGACAUGUCUGUAGCUGUCAGAAAGAGAAGCUGGGAAGAACAUGUGACCGAACGGAUGGGACAGCCUUUUAAUACUGAUAACAGUGACACAGCAUGUCAUCAUGGACUUGUAGCCGACAACUUGCAGGCAAGUAUGGAAAAAGAUGCAACCCUAAAUGUGGACCGUAAAGAGAAGUGUGUCUCACUCCCAGACUGCUGUCAUGGAACGGAGCUGGGAGAUUUUCCCGGGAGGCCCAUGGGUCACGUUUCAAAGAAAAUGAACGAAAAUGACAGCUAUGAAAGUGAAGAUCAGUUUCUUUCUCUGGAGGCCAGCACGGAAACAUUAGUGCAUAUUUCUGAUGAGGAUACUGAUUCUGAUCUGUACCUUACAGAUAAUAAACCGAUUUUAACUUCCCAAGAGCAUAAAAUCUCAGGCCAAAAUAGUGUUGAAGGAGCAGGCUCCUUAGUAAAUACAUUGCCCAUCACAGAAAGUAGCCAUGAUUGCUACAGCUCUUGGGGAAUUGCUGGCAAGGCUGAUUUAGCACUAGCAGGAGAAAAUGGGGAAAGAAAAGUUGUUGACACUGUAAGUAAAAGCCUGGAGCUUUGUGAUGAUAUAAACAUAACUGAAAUUAAAAAUAUGCCCCAAAUAAAUGCAUUUUAUUCUAUGAAUGUGAAAGAUAUUGUGCCUGAGAAGCAAUUGGUGAAUUCUGCUGUAAUUGCUCAACAACGAAGAAAACCUGACUUCCCUAAAGAUGAACAUGAGAAAGACACUGGCCAUGAAUUACAAGACGAGGUCUUGGCCGUUCCUUGUACGGAUGGAGGAUUGCCAUUGUUAAAAGCAGAUUUUGGAAGCUCCCUUCAGCAGCCUCCUUCUGGCUCCAGUGGUGCUGAAAAUGACCUGGAGAAAAGUGGAUUCUCAGAACAUCAAAACAAAGUCCCUUCUGAGGUCAGUGCAGAAGAUGGUGUGCAGUGUUUACUUGUAAAGGACACUCCGGCCACCCAGGAGCCCACCGAUGGCCAAGUCAGACUUCGUAAGAGAAAGGAAAUAAGAGAAGAUCGAGAUAGGGCACGGCUGGACUCCAUGGUGCUGCUAAUCCUGAAACUGGACCAACUCGAUCAGGACAUUGAGAAUGCUCUCAGCACCAACUCCUCCCCAUCCGGCACACCAACGAACCCGCGGAGACAAGUUCCUGAUAUGGCAUCAGGAUCUGAAAAUGGAGCAGAUAUAAUUUCAGCAAAUCAGAUGCAAGCAAAUUUGUCUUCCGAUGCAGAAUCUGCUGAUCUACCAUCUUCCACCUCAGUGACCAAUUCUGGAACCAAACCCAAGGCCAUGCUCUAUGGACAGGACCUGAAGUGAUGCCGUGUGAUGCAGCAGAGGUCCAUAGAAAUGCUUAGAACUGCAAGUCUAGGAAUCCAGCUGUUGCCAAUGCAUUGUGUCGGCUUCACCUCAUCAUCAUCCAGGAAGCCCAGCCACACCAGGCUCCUGUGCUCGCCAUCACAUCCCACUCUCCAGGUCUAAAAGAACCUCUGAGAGCCCUUUCACCAGCCUGGAAUGAGGACACUCACCCUGCAAACCGUGCCCUGUAGUGCAAGUGUGGCGGAGGGCUCCUGUAUACAAAAAUGUUCCUUCAGAACCACUCUCCCUCACACUUCCCGCUCCUGAUCCUAUUAUAACCUGCAGGAGAAUUAAAAGUUCUCUAAUGCAUCCUCCUUCAAAUGCUUUUGCUAGUUCUGGAGCUUGAUCUGUCUUACCACACAUUUUGAUAUCUAAUUUGUCAUCCUAAGGUUUGGGUCAAAACUUUAAUGACUUAUUUCCUGGACUUGCGUCCCAUCCUUUGAUUACAACUUCCAGGAACACAUCUCCUCUCUGCUGCCAUGUGAAAGGAUAAGACACUUUGA